AUGUCAAGAUUCAUACAGUCUUUCAACAGAAGAGAAGCAGAACAGAAUUGCUUAUCUCUUCUCCAACUCUGCAACACAUUCUCCAAACUCAAACAAAUCCAUUCACAUCUUCUCAAAUCAGGUCUUCAUAACAACCCACUAGUCCUGACAAAGUUCUCUACAACUUGUUCAGAACUUAAUAACAUUGAUUACGCAGCUUCAUUUGUGUUCUCCAAAGAAGCAGAAACUCAUUUGUAUGACACAUUCCUUUUCAAUGCAAUCAUCAGAGCUUAUGCUCAGACUAAUCAUACUAAACAGAAUGCAAUAUUUGCUUAUAAUCGUAUGCUUCGUUACUCGAUAAAGCCGAAUAAGUUUACGUAUCCGUUUCUUUUGAAGGCGUCUGCAGGGCUGUUGGGUUUGAAUUUGGGUAAGCAGAUUCAUGGGGCUGUUGUGAAGUAUGGGUUUGAUACUGAUCUUUAUGUGCAGAACACUACUGUUCAUAUGUAUUGUUGUUGUGCUGGUGGGAUUGAGUUUGCACGUAAUAUGUUUGAUGAAAUGCCAAAGUCAAGUGCUGUUUCAUGGAGUGCGAUGAUUGGUGGGUAUGUUCGUUUUGGUAGGUCGACUGAAGCGGUGGAGCUGUUUAGGAAAAUGCAGUUUGAUGGUGUUCGGCCUGAUGAGAUUACGAUGGUUUCGGUACUUUCAGCUUGUGCAGAUUUGGGUGCGCUUGAGUUGGGGAAAUGGGUUCAGCGUUACAUUGAUAAGGAAGGUAUUCCAAGGUCGGAGGAACUUUGUAAUGCGCUGAUUGAUAUGUUUGCUAAGUGUGGUGAUAUUGAUGAAGCUAUUGAAGUUUUCUGGAAUAUGAACGAGAAGACAAUUGUCUCUUGGACUUCGGUUAUCGUGGGUCUAGCAAUGCACGGUCGAGGAAAGGAAGCGGUUGAUUUCUUUGAUGAGAUGAGGGGAGUUGGGAUGAAACCAGAUGGAGUUGCUUUCAUUGGGAUGCUUACAGCAUGUAGUCAUGCUGGGUUGGUUGAACAAGGUUGCAGUUAUUUUGAUUCGAUGGUCAAUGAGUUCUCAAUUGUUCCGAAGAUAGAGCAUUAUGGGUGUAUGGUUGAUAUGUUUAGUCGUGCUGGGCAUCUUAGUAAGGCGCUGGAGUUUGUUCAAGAGAUGCCCAUUGAGCCAAAUCCAGUAAUUUGGCGAUCAUUGAUUUAUGGAUGCAGGUCACAUGGUGAGCUAGAGCUUAGUGAGAGCAUCAGCAAAAGGCUUAUUGGAGAUGAGCCAAUGCAUGGGUCGAACUACGUUCUGCUGUCAAAUGUUUAUGCAAAGAUGUUCAAAUAUGAGAAGAAAACUAAAAUUCGGAAAGUGAUGGAGAAGAAAGGAAUUAAGAAGGUCCCUGGCUGCACCAUGAUUGAGCUUAAUAAUGAGAUUUACGAGUUUGUUGCAGGAGAUAAAUCACAUGAUCAGUAUGAAGAUAUUUAUAAGAUGGUGGAUGAAAUGGGUAGAGCAAUCAAAAAGGCUGGGUUUGUGGCUACAACGUCGGAUGUAUUACUUGAUAUUGAUGAAGAAGAUAAGGAAGAUACAUUAAAUAGGCAUAGUGAAAAGCUAGCUAUUGCUUUCUCUCUUUUGAAUUCACCACCAAGGACAAUGAUCCGUAUUGUCAAGAACUUGCGUGUUUGCACUGAUUGUCACGGUGCCACGAAGUUCAUUUCUAAGGUUUAUGAACGAGAAAUUGUGGUGAGGGAUCGAAACCGGUUUCACCAUUUCAGAGAUGGUUUGUGUUCAUGCAAAGAUUUUUGGUGAUUCUGCUAUUUGGGUUUCAGUUGGAACUAUUGUCCGUUCUCAAUUGAUGCUGCAUUGGGUUUAUUAGCAGCUGGAUCAAAGACUUCAAUUAUAGUGAACUGGUAAAGUGAAUUCCACACUUUAAAUUGCUUAGU